CACGAGGCCACGACGCUCGACUCAGGACGACGAGAAGCCUCGUCAUGCGAUUCUGUCUGAUCCUGGCACUCGCAGGCCUUGCGCAGGCCCAGUUCUUCGACUUUGGCAACAUGUUCGGCGGGCAGCAACAGGCCCAGCAAGGUGCGAGACCGGCUCAGGAUACCAAAUCGAAAUGGUACAGGCAACAGGUCGACGAGCUCUCGUGCAAUGACUAUCUCUGCCCGAACACGCUCGACUGCGUGAGCUCGCCUGCCGCGUGCAGCUGUCCGUCGGUAGAGGAUAUCAAGUGUCAGACGGGCCCGGAGACGUUUGUCUGCACCCGUGGAUCAGGCUGCGAUGCCGUACAACACGCUCUCAAGACUGGCAAAUAGGCCGGUCAUGGCUUCUGUGCAGCAAUGAGGACGAAGCCGACUUGACGACCGCGAUGCCACCACCGUAGAACGCUUGCAAAAGCAAGAUACUCCCACCAGAUUGUUCUCGAUACGACGCCAAAGUUUGCGUCACCUGCACGCUCCUCGAGAAAGGCGGCGAGAGGCUCAAAGACGUCGGAUGAGAUGUCUCUUAUGUUGAUGUUGUUGUACCCGAUCCCUUGCAAAAGAGUGACAUACUCCUCCAUGUCGGUCACCAUGUUCGUCCACGGCACGCCGGCAAGACGGCAGACAGCCCAUUGCUUGAGCCUGUCGAACG